AGACAAAAUGGCUAGAAGACCAGCUAGAUGUUACAGAUACUGUAAGAACAAACCAUACCCAAAGUCCAGAUACAACAGAGCUGUUCCAGACGCCAAGAUUAGAAUCUAUGAUUUAGGUAGAAAGAAGGCCCCAGUUGAUGAAUUCCCAUUGUGUGUCCACUUGGUCUCCAACGAAUUGGAACAAUUAUCUUCUGAAGCUUUAGAAGCUGCUCGUAUCUGUGCUAACAAGUAUAUCACCAAGAUUUCUGGUAGAGAAUCUUUCCACUUGAGAGUCAGAGUCCACCCAUUCCACGUUUUACGUAUCAACAAGAUGUUGUCAUGUGCCGGUGCCGAUAGAUUGCAACAAGGUAUGAGAGGUGCUUGGGGUAAGCCACAUGGUUUAGCUGCCAGAGUUUCUAUUGGUCAAAUUAUCAUGUCUGCUAGAACCAAGGACUCUAACAAGGAAGUUGUUAUUGAAGGUUUAAGAAGAGCCAGAUACAAGUUCCCAGGUCAACAAAAGAUUAUUAUUUCUAAGAAGUGGGGUUUCACUCCAUUGAACAGAGACGAAUACGUUGCCAAGAAGAACAAUGGUGAAGUUAAGGAUGACGGUGCUUACGUUAAGUUCUUAUCCAGAAAGGGUAACUUGGAAGAAAACUUGAAGCAAUUCCCAAACUUCCAAUACACUGUUUAAGUUGAGUAUUAGUUUACUUUAGAAUUAGUAAGUAUUUAAUUAACAUCAUCUUU